AUGGAUUCAGUCCAAGAGCUCCCGAAAACCCCCAAAAUUGUGUCCGCUCAGGAGAAUGUGGUCAAGAUGGGUAGUGACUAUAUCGAAGAUAAUACGAUGCUGGAACUCGGCUAUGUCCAAGUUUACCGCAGAGUUCUCCGGUCCGCGGGAAAUAUGUGCAUGGUAAUUGCCUUGACAUCACCGCUGAGUGCGAUUUUAAUUACGGGAUUUUAUCAAAUCACAUUUGCUGGCUAUUGGGGUCUGUCAUGGGGAUGGAUUAUUCCUAACGUUAUCAUGUUUGCUGAGGUUCUCGCAAUCAGCGAAUUGGCAUCAUCGAUGCCUGUCAAUGGAUCGUUUUACUGGUGGGCCGGAGCACUUGCACCUCCACAAUUGUCUCACUGUAUUUCCUACAUCACAGGAUGGGUGAAUCUGCUGUCCAUAUUUACCGGCACAGCGAGCUUUGCUUAUGCAGUAGCCACCUCCUUCUCGUACUCUGUGAAUGUUGCACUGCCUACCCUCCUUUGGACAAACCCGCAGCUAAUGGGACUGUCAAUGGGUGUCGUUGUAUUAUGGGCCGCCUUGAUGACAUUGAAGCUCGAGAAAAUAUCCAUUAUCUAUGUGAGCAUGGCCGUUAUCAUACUCGUUCAGACUGUUCUAUUUCUGCUCGGAUUGCCGAUCACACAUGCUCUCCAGAAUCAACCGUUUGCCUCGGGCAAACAGGUUUUUGGCGAAUUGUCGAACUUCAGUGACUGGGGCCUCGCAGUCGCAGUCCCUUACUCUUGGUUUUGUGCGAUGUGGGUAAACUCGGCCUGGAUGAUUCCAGUGUACAUGGCUGAGGAGACACAUCGGGCAAGCACGGAGAUACCCAAGUCUAUUAUUUUGACAUUUACGACGACAGCGGUAGCUGGCCUAGCAGUCUGUCUGAUCAGCGCGUUCUGCAUUACCGACAUUGAAGUAGCCGCAUUGGAUCCUUCUGGAUAUCCUCUUUACGAUCUAGUGAUCUCCCAUUGGGGUAAAACUUUGUCCGCCGCCUACUUUUUGGUGGUCACGCCAGUCGGAUUUGUCGGGGGCAGUGGCACUUUACUCACCUAUGCCAGCCAGAUCGCUGCUUUCGCCCGUGACGGUGGCCUUCCAUACAGUGAACAUUUCGCUUAUGUUCAUCCACGGAUAAAUGCCCCUAUCUACUCCAUUGCCCUGUUAGCAGCCGGUACCUUCCUUGUGCUGCUAUUUGCGCUGUCCACCGAAGCCAAAUCUAUCAUUUACUCUCUUUCCGUCGUCGCUGGAUUGUUCACGUUCAUCAUUCCCAUAUUCUUCCGGGUUUUUGCGGGUAAUCGAUGGGUCCCCGGCCCGUUCAAUUUGGGACGAUGGAGUAUCCCUGUCCACAGCUUCGCGGUGAUCUCACAGCUUUACAUUGUGGUUAUGGAAUGCUUUCCAAUGGAUCGUCAGUGGACUGCUUCUACAAUGAACUAUAACUUUGCUGUGGGUUUGGGCGCUGUCCUGAUUGCAUGUUUUCUUUAUUUCUUCGUCGGCAAGAAGACGUUCCGGGGACUGAACGUUGAAGUUUUGGCGGCCAGAACAAGACAGCAUAACGUCCAUGUCGAUGGAUAA